AUGGGAAUUGAUAAAAAUGAGAAGGGGCGUUACAAGUGCAAAGGGUGUGGUAAAGAGUGGGCAAAAAAUACAACUCGAUUACAGGAACAUUUGGAUACAUGUACUUUGCAACACUUGGAUGAAACUUCUAAUCCUAAUAAAAAGC